AUGAGGUUCCUUCCAUGCACGACGCUCGCGUGUGUCCUUUUCAAUGCGGGAGCUUUCGGACUCGCGAAGAAGAUUCAAGACGACGUCAAGUCAUACCUCGCAAACAUACCAGUCUCCCAGAGCAAUGGCGCAGCCCAGUCUGCUGACAGAGAGACCGCUCGGCUCGCGCUCUUGGCGAAAGACACCACCAAGCUUGGACACGUCCAGCACAGGAUCGGAUGCCCGACGAGCUGCUUCGAAGCGCUCGGCGACACGUCUUCCUGGUAUCUGUACGGUGGCCUCGAUGCUUUGAAACGGGCCUGCAACAGCACCAUGCUUCUGGACUUUGCGCUGUUCAAUCGCGUCGACGGACCCGACGCUCAGGUCGCCAUUCACGCCUGUGCCGCGAGUCUCACAUCUUCCAAGUCGACCACGCCGGUGCUGAAUCGGAGAUCUGACGCUUCCCGUUGCUCGCGAGAGGGGGUGCCGCGCGGAAAUGUUACAACGUCCCUGCAACUAUCGAGCUCCGGGUCCUCCGUCACGAACCUGACCGACAUCACUGCCAGCCUGGAUUUGCUAAAGGCAUUCUACAGCUCUCACGACUCGGGCUGCAACGAAAUGCUGAAAUUUGCGUCUUCGGGGAAUGCUGCCGUGGGAGUGUACGCCGGAUCCGGGCUGGCUGACCAGGGCGUCUUGACGGCUGCGCUCGACAAGCUUCGCGCCAAGCUGUCAAAAGGCGAAACUGUUGCAGAGCAGACUGUCGUUCAGCUGUGUGGCAACUCCACUGCCCGUUAUACCUUUGGCAUCUACAUUGGCAUCGACGGCGAGUUUGGCCGGGUGCAGCGAGCGCUCCAGUCGUGGAAGAACGGCACAUGCGUUGCUACCGAAGCGGCCCCGGUGCGCUGGGAGCCGGUGACAUUUGCAUCGCCACUGGCUAUCAGCGCUAGCUUUGGAGGAGCGAAUGAAACGACUGUAUCUCACGGCAGCUUCUCUGGAAGCAAUGGCCUGCCAAGGAGCCCGGCAACACUGACAGGGCGAGGAGACAGAGACGGCUGCAGCCCGAUCCAGGUCGAGGCGGGCGAUGGCCUCGAAACCCUGGCGCGCGAAUGUGGCCUGAGCAUCAGCCAAUUCGCCCAAUACAAUCCAGGGGCCACACACUUUGGCAAGUAUCUGCUCGGGCAGCGACUGUGCUGCAGUGCGUCGGGUGCGGCAGGUACAAAUGAAAGGCGCGCUUUGGCUCCAGACUCGGACGGCUACUGUCACUCAUAUCUGGUCAAGAUGGGAGAUAGCUGCUCUGCAUUAUCAGCCACGUACGGAAUCAAAAACGACGACAUUGAAGAGUGGAAUAAGAAAACAUGGGGAUGGAACGGCUGCAACAAGAUUUUUGCGGGUUACUACAUCUGUCUCAGCAAGGGCUAUCCUCCGAGGCCCGCGCCGGUCAAGAACGCCGUCUGCGGGCCGCAGGUCAAGGGCACCGGCAGAUACCCCCACGACAUCGACCCGGCGAGUCUCAAUGCAUGUAGACUCAAAGCAUGCUGCAACAUCUGGGGCCAGUGCGGCACGACCGGCGAGUUCUGCACGCCCUCCAAGUCCCCCACCGGAGCACCCGGCACGGCCGCUCCCGGUGAGAAUGGGUGCAUCUCCAACUGCGGCACCGACGUCAUCACCGGCCACACCCCCCAGGACACCUACACCAUUGCCUACUUUGAGGCCUACGACUGGGACCGCCCCUGCCUGCGCAUGGCCGCGGAUCAGAUCGACGCCUCCAAGUACACCCACGCCCACUUCUCCUUUGCCGUGCUCACCGACGACCUGUCCAUCAGCGUCCACGACACGGCGACGCAGUUUAAUCUGUUCAGGAGCCUGACAGGGAUCAAAAAGAUUGUUUCCAUCGGUGGCUGGGCAUUCUCCACAGAUGUCGCCACCUAUAAGAUCUUCCGCAGCGCCUUCCGCGGUGAGGUGAACCGCGGCAAGCUCAUCGACAACGUGGUCAAGUUCCUGACGGACAAUGACCUGGAUGGCGUCGACUGGGACUGGGAGUAUCCCGAUGAGCCUGACAUCCCUGGCAUCCCCCCCGGUACCCUCGACGACCAGGUCGGCUUCUAUCUCUUCUUUCAACAGCUGCGGAAGAAGAUGCCCGAGGGAAAGACUGUCUCCGUGACCGCGCCGGCGUCCUACUGGUACCUGCAGCACUUCCCCAUCCAGGGCAUCAGCCUGGUGGUUGACUACAUCGUCUUGAUGACGUACGACCUGCACGGGCAGUGGGACUACACCAACAAGUAUUCCUCCUCGGGUUGCGGCUCCUACGAACAGGGGCUCGGCAACUGCCUGCGCUCGCACGUCAACCUCACCGAGACCAUCAACGUGCUGUCCAUGAUCACAAAGGCCGACGUGCCGUCGGAUAUGAUUGUCGUCGGCGUCAGCAGCUACGGCCGCUCGUUUCAGAUGUCCGAGGCCGGCUGCUGGACCGAGCAAUGCACCUACACCGGUCCGGAGUCGGGCGCGUACAAGGGCCGCUGCACAGGCACCGCCGGCUACAUCUCCGACUUUGAGAUCAACGAGAUCCUGGCGCACAGCCCGUCGGCGCAGACGCACCUCGACCCGGGGUCCUACUCGGACAUUGUCGUGUUCAACAAUACACAAUGGGUCGCCCACAUGAGCCCGCAGAACAAGGCCUUCCGCAAGCUCCUCUACAAGGGCAUGAACUUCCUCGGGACCGCCGACUGGGCCGUGGACCUGCAGUCUGAGAGCGGCGAGGGGCCUGACGAGGCUGCCGACUCGCACAAGACCAUCUACAUCGACCCCAAGAUUUGGCAGUCGGCCACGCAGCUCGUCACGGCGCCGCCCGGCGCGACCCUCGUGUGGCCGCCGAUGCCGCUCGCGUCGCCGACGACCAUCACGUUUGAGCCGUGGAGCACCGUGGUCAGCUACUCGAGCCCGACCAUCAAGACGACGACGCGAAGCGGCAUCACCUCGACGUAUCCGGCCUAUGUCUACGUCACCUGGCACACCGUCCUGUCCAUCCCCCCGCUCGUCACCACGGCGAUCCCCGUCUGGGGCGUCACGCUCAACAACGCGAGCAGCACCGGCGGCGGCCCCAUCAUCCUGACGAGCUCCGUGCAGCCGCCCCCGUUCACGGUCCAGGUCACACCCAUCAUCGACGGCACGACGUCCAUCAUCAACCCUACGUCGACGUCGACGACGACACCAGCGGCCAUCAUCUGGGGCACCAAGACCCAUGCUCCGCCCGCGGAGACGGAGACGCUUGGGAAGAGCACCAUCAUCGUCGGGGGCAGAACCCUGCUCCCCACUGGCGUCACCGUCACGCCCCAUCCGUACCCGUCUAGCAAGCCCACGCCCGGCACGACCGACCCGGUGCUCAACUCGAAGACGCCGACGUGGAAGUCGGGCAAGGUACCGGAGCCCACCGCCCAGCCAGACUGUCACGACUGCGGGAGGCCGUGCCUUCUCUGGUGCGACUCGGACUGCCCAUUCUGCCCACCAAGCGUCUUUGGUGGCCAAGGUGGCGGCGGAAGCUCCGGCGGCGACCUGGACGACCCGGACGACCCGGACCGGCCCGACGGACAACACACCAUCAUGUUCGACGGCCUGCUCAGCGAGGACGUCGCUCCCGCGACGUUCGAGCCCUACGACGUGGCCAUAUCCGUCGCCGACCUGCAGCACUCCUGGUUCGAGUCGGUCUGGCAAGAUUACCUGUUUCCCCACCAAGGCCCCGAGACGACGCUCUCCAUACAGCCUGCAACACGAACACCCUACGCACGCUGCGCCAUCUCAGACAGCUUCCUCUUCUGGACGUUUUCCGUCUACGACAUUGAGGGCUGGGCGACCGAUGGCGGCACGAAGCUCCACCAAGAAGAGAAUGGCUGCGGCGCUCUCACCGGCUGGUCCUGGCAGGCCGAGACGGACGAGAAAUCGACCCACGUGGUGUUCAACCUGCCCUUUUUCAUCAAGGAUGGCUGCGUGGAGCGGGCCAUUGUGUCCGCGGGCGGUCCCGCAAUCUCGUGCGAGGCGGACGAGCUCUUUCAGCUGCACGAUCGGCAGGAUCGCGGUCCGGCGACGAGGGAGACGGCGUCGGUGAUGGCGACGUGGUCGUCGAGAGUCGCCAAGAUGGGGAGCGGAAAGGCCAAUGACAGGCCCCCACCGGUACCGUACACGACAGAGGAGAUGGAGGCGUUUGCGCGAUUCUACAUUAGUAUCCAGCCAGAAAUCGUCAAUAUGGGCGUGCAUCCGCACUAUGUGCCCAUGAAUUGGGGAGCGGCUCGGCGAUUGGGCAUAGAAACAAGUACCAUCGAAGUACGUGAAUCCGAUCGACGCACGCUUCUCUGCUCGGCGCCACAGCAGAACGGCCAGGACAAUGAGGCUUGCUUGCCUCUCCCACCAGGACUAUGUUCUACACGAUACGUCUCUCACUUGAGUCGACGGGGUCUGGUUGGACAAGCAACUACCAAGUGGUUUCCUCUGGGCGUAGACCAAAGUUAG